GAUUAUCGUCCAACCAUGGAAUUUAUUUGUAACGAAUGUUUUCGGUUUUUAACAAGAAUUACCCUUCAGAAAAUGGCAACACUUGGUCUAAAACUUUUAGGAUUGAACAAAAGCAUUUAUUCAAAACUCUUAAAAUCUGGAUACUUGGCUUUUUCUACAAAUUCUACUAAAUACACACGCAUCUAUGAAUCACCUGUAGAUGCUAUUCAUGAUAUACCAAGUGGCUCAAUGCUAUUAGUUGGAGGAUUUGGAUUAUGUGGCAUUCCAGAAAAUCUUAUAUCUGCACUUUUGAAGACUAAAGUCCAUGGAUUGACUGUGGUUAGUAAUAAUGCUGGUGUUGAUGAUUUCGGGUUGGGUUUGUUACUUCAUCAGGGACAGGUUAAACGAAUGGUAUCUUCUUAUGUUGGUGAAAAUAAAGAAUUUGAACGCCAAUAUCUCUCUGGAAAGUUAGAAGUAGAGUUAAUACCACAGGGCACAUUGGCAGAACGAAUCAGAGCUGGUGGUGCUGGAAUUCCAGCUUUUUUUACCCCAACAGGCUAUGAAACUCUUAUUCAUAAAGGAGGAACACCUAUUAAAUAUAACCCUAAUGGAAGUGUAGCCAUUGCUAGUAAACCUCGGGAGCAUCGUGUGUUUAAUGGUCAAAACUACAUCAUGGAGGAAGCCAUUUUUGGUGAUUAUGCACUGAUUAAAGCAUGGAAGGCUGACACUUAUGGAAAUUUAAUCUUUAGAAAAACUGCACGUAAUUUUAAUGCACCAAUGGCAAGAGCUGCAAAAGUAACAAUUGCUGAAGUUGAAGAAAUAGUCGAAGUUGGAAGUAUUUCACCAGAAGAAAUUGAUAUUCCAGGGAUUUAUGUUGAUAGAAUUGUUCAAGGAAAAGAUUAUGUUAAACGAAUUGAGAGACUUAAAAUAAGAGAGGAUAAGUCAUCUACAAAACCUAAAUCUGAUGGUGACUUGGUUCGUGAAAGAAUCAUUAAACGCGCUGCUUUAGAAUUUAAAGACAAUAUGUAUGCUAACCUUGGUAUUGGAAUGCCAAUGCUAGCAAGUAAUUAUAUCAGCCCAAAUAUAACAGUACAUUUGCAGAGUGAAAAUGGUAUUUUAGGUUUGGGACCAUUUCCCAGGGAAGGUCAACAAGAUCCAGACUUGAUAAAUGCAGGGAAGGAAACUGUUACCGUGCUCCCUGGUGCCGUAUAUUUUGGAAGUGAUGACUCUUUUGCAAUGAUACGAGGUGGUCAUGUAAACAUGACAAUGUUAGGAGCAAUGCAAGUUUCACAGUUUGGUGAUCUGGCCAAUUGGAUGAUUCCGGGCAAAAUGGUUAAAGGUAUGGGUGGAGCAAUGGAUUUAGUUUCAAGCCCUGGAACUAAAGUUGUUGUUACCAUGGAGCAUACUGCUAAAGGGGGUGAACAUAAAAUUCUAGAAGAAUGCAAUCUUCCGUUAACUGGUAAAAAGUGUGUUGAUAUGAUCAUUACUGAAAAGUGUGUUUUUAAUGUUGACCCAGAUGAAGGACUAAUACUUUCCGAAAUAUGGCCGACAGUUGGAAUACCUGAAGUUCAAGUCUCAACAGGCUGUCAAUUUAAAAUUGCUGCUGAUCUCAAAGAAAUGAUGCAAAUAGAAUAGAGCUUUGUUAGAUUUAAGAGCUUAAUUAUGCAAAUUUAUGUUAAGUCGCGUCAUUUAAAUGAUUUGAUAAUAAUAAAAUUUUUGUAAUGACUUUUUAAGUCAAGGUGCUUUGAGUACCUUUUUUAAAUGUUUUAUACGUUUUUCUGGAUACACUCAUAUAUUGAAUCGUUUUAUACAAUUUACUGUAAACACUUAUGUAGAGAAUAACUGAUUUAUAUA